ACAUUUUACUGCACUAAUGUUCAAACUUGCCUGGAGCAUGUGACUGCAGUUCAUAAAAAGAGAUGCCACGCACACUUGUCUUAUAGUCUAUGUUCAACCUUAGAACUCCUUCAAAUCUCAAUCGAGGGAUAUUGAUUUUUAUAUUGAAUUUAACCUGACUGUAUCUGCAUCCCUCUUUUCUGCUAAAAUCUUGCGCGCAUGGUCGUUCUGGUUGCGUGGUAACUUCGUUAUUGCUUAUGUUUUGGUUCAUGGAGGGAACGUGCCUUUUACCAACUUUUUUGGUGAUUUGGUCAUCCAGUACGUUUAUUGUUUCAUACCUUAUUGCACUGUUCAAACAUGAUGUGGAUAUUAUCUUUCCCUAUAUAAGCGACACUGGGGCUAAACCGCCCGAGAGCUGUAUCUUUGGCUUGAUGACGAUCAUAACUGUAUUUGCAGGUAUUGCCACAAUGUUUGCCAGAUACAAGUUUGUGGAGGAGCUAAUUGAAAAUUCAGUUGGAGUGUCACCCAACCUGAACAAGGCUGCUUUCUGGAUUGGAAACCUCUCUUGUUUGGGAAUGUGUUUAGUUGCUACUUUCCAGGAGACAACAAUCACGGUCGUACAUGAUAUAGGUGCCGUCCUCUUCUUUGUUACGGGUGUGUUGUAUACCAUCCUCCAAUCCAUAAUUUCUUACAUGGCCUACCCCUGUGGAUGCUCGUUGGCCUUGUGUCGUAUCCGCACAGCGAUCGCAGCUAUCGCCUUCCUGGCCGCUUUGCCCACUUUUAUCUGUGCUUUCUUUGUAACACAAACCAAACUUCAUAGAACUACAGAAGACAAGGACUAUAUAUACCAUCUAGUGAGUGCUGUGUUUGAGUGGAUCAUGGCGUUUAGCUUCAUUUUCUACUUCUUCACCUACAUCCAGGAAUUUCAAAAAUUCAAUCUGAAGCUCCGAAUCGAGUUUGUGGAUUAUUCCUGACCAGGCUGCAAUAUUUCCUUUUUAAUCUUAGUAUUAACUAAAUCAAAAGUGUUUUUCUACUUUUAUAAAGUAAAUUUGAAAGAU